AAUUUUAAAAACCUGCUAUAUUUCCAGGUGUUAUUGAUUAAGAUGUUUGUAAGAAACAGUGGCGAAAUUCCUCAUCAAUUGGAAGUUCUAUGGCUCAUUUUCAAUCUGUCCGCAUUUUUGUGACAGAGACAAAAUGUUGCCUUUGGCCCCAUUUUUCUGCAGUGAGUGGGUGUCGGAGAUUGCGCUACUUCAUUUCUCCAGAUGGAGCACUGUCAAGCAUGCAGUAACAUGUGUUGUAUGUCUCUUUCUCACACUAACCCUAACCUUCAUGUUAGACUUUCUAAGCCACACGUACAGGCUCUGAGCAACUGCCAGCAGCGGGAUUUGUGACAUUCUUAGGCCAUAAUCCUAAAAUAAAGCAAUUACUUUGCCUGUAAUACACAUGCUUAAAGAGAAACUUGCAUUGAAUUGUCAUUAAAUUUAGAUUAAAUAGCUCAAUGCCAGCUAAUCAAGCAAAUGUUUUCUCCUGAACCUCCAGAAAUCACUGGCUAGGUCUCAGCUGGCUUACUGUAUCCAAAUCUGUGAACUCGACUUUAGGAAGGAUGUCAUUGCCUUGGAAAUGGUCCAGGGAUUUACUGGAAUGGUGCCGAGUACAAGGAACCCAGGAAUGAGGGAAAAUAGCUGCAUUGAGAAAUUGGAAAGCUAAAAACGUUCUCUUUGCUGAGCCGUCACUAUAGGAACUGCAGAAAAUCGAAUAGGAAGUUUGCCACCACCCUUCCCAAUUAGGUGUGGACAAUAAGUGCUGACCUUGCCAGCAACGUCCCCAUCUGGUGCUGUGAAGAGAAGCAAUUCUUCUGAACGUGUGUCUUCAGCAGCACGAAGAGAGAGUUUCGGAGAUUCAAAGAGCAAUAGGACCCGCACCGGAUCAACCAGCAGUGGAUCUAGUGGCAAAAAGAUCAGUGAUGGAAAAUCCAAGGACCCUCUCUAUAAUGCAGAGGAAGGCUACGUGAAAAUGUUCCUACGUGGGCGCCCGGUCACCAUGUACAUGCCCCAGGAGGUUAAGGAGACCUACAGCCUGGAAGAUAAAGCUGAACUUCCGACCAAAAAGCUGAAGUUGGACUGGGUUUAUGGCUAUCGAGGCCGAGACUGCCGGUGCAACCUAUACCUUCUACCAACAGGAGAGAUUGUAUAUUUCAUUGCAUCUGUCGUUGUAUUGUACAAUGUGGAGGAACAGCUUCAGAGACACUACACUGGCCAUAAUGAUGAUGUCAAGUGCCUUGCAGUCCACCCUGACAGGAUCACCAUAGCAACUGGUCAGGUCGCGGGGAUAACCAAGGAUGGAAACCAAGCUGCUCCCCAUGUUCGGAUCUGGGAUUCUGUGAGUUUGAAUACACUUCACAUCAUUGGAACUGGCUUCUUUGAUCGAUCAGUAUGCUGUAUUGCCUUCUCAAAAUCGAAUGGAGGGUCCACUUUGUGUGUGGUGGAUGAUUCCAAUGACCACGUCCUUUCCGUGUGGGAUUGGCAAAAAGUAGAAAGACUAGGUGAUAUUAAGUGUUCAAAUGAGGCCAUCUUUGCGGCAGAUUUCCAUCCCACAGAGACUAACAUCAUCGUAACUUGUGGGAAAUCCCACAUUUACUUUUGGACACUGGAAGGAGGCUCUUUUGCAAAGAAACAAGGGCUGUUCGAGAAACAUGAGAAACCAAAGUUUGUUCUGUGUGUGACCUUUGCUGAGAAUGGUGAUGCAAUAACCGGGGAUUCAAGUGGAAAUGUUCUAGUCUGGGGAAAAGGUACCAACCGCAUUAGCUAUGCUGUUCAGGGGGCACAUGAAGGCGGUAUAUUUGCACUUUGUAUGCUGCGUGACGGCACUCUCGUAUCUGGUGGGGGUAAAGACCGAAAGCUGAUCUCUUGGGACGGUAACUACCAGAAGAUACAAGAAACUGAGGUUCCUGAGCAGUUUGGUCCAGUCAGGACAGUAACCGAAGGAAGGGGAGAAGUGUUAUUGAUUGGCACAACAAGGAAUUUCAUCUUACAAGGCACUUUAUCUGGAGACUUCCACCUCAUCACCCAGGGUCACACAGAUGAACUGUGGGGUCUAGCCGUCCACCCAAGCAAGGAACAAUUCCUAACAUGUGGGCAUGACAAACAUAUCACUCUCUGGGACGCUGUCACCCACCAACCUAUCUGGAGCAAGAUCAUAGAGGACCCAGCUCAGUCUGCUGGUUUUCAUCCAUCAGGAAGUGUUGUUGCUAUAGGAACCCAAACUGGAAGGUGGUUAGUCCUGGAUACAGAGUCAAAAGAUUUGGUGACAGUUCACACUGAUGGGAAUGAGCAGCUCUCAGUCAUGCGUUAUUCACCAGAAGGAAAUUUUUUAGCUAUUGGCUCGCAUGAUAAUUAUAUCUACAUCUACACUCUGAGUGAAAAUGGCAGAAAAUACAGUCGAGUUGGUAAAUGCUCAGGUCACUCCAGUUUUAUCACACACCUUGACUGGUCGACUGAUUCUCAGUAUUUAAUCUCUAAUUCUGGUGAUUAUGAGAUCCUAUACUGGAUGCCUUCAGCCUGCAAGCAAGUGGUGAGUGUUGAAAAUGUCAGGGACAUUGAAUGGGCCACUUACACCUGCACAUUAGGAUUUCAUGUGUUUGGAGUUUGGCCUGAGGGAUCAGAUGGAACAGACAUCAAUGCCGUGUGCAGAUCCAAUGAUAAAAAACUUCUCUCUACAGGCGAUGACUUUGGCAAAGUACACCUGUUUUCAUGUCCAUGUUCACAGGCCAGGGCUCCAGGCCACACAUAUGGAGGACACAGCAGUCAUGUGACCGGUGUGAGCUUCCUCUACGAUGACAGUCAGCUAAUCUCCACUGGUGGGAAGGACAUGAGUGUCAUGCAGUGGAAAGUCAUUUAAAUUGACCUUCUGUCCUGAAAUUUACUUUUGGACUUCAGAGCAAAUGUAACAAAUGUGGAAUAAUAUUUGCCAGAUGUUAAAACUGCAGCUAACAAAAAAUAAGAGAAGUUCCUGCACUUUUACAGCCCUUGAUUUGACAUUUCUGCUAAACGUCAAAGAUUUUACUUAAACCUCAGGAAAAUCGAGCCUCUGCAAGGUUACUGGUGCAUGGUGUGGUAAUGACUGUAUUCCGGAAAACAGACUUGAUCCUGCUCUCUACGGGCUCCAGCAUAUUUCUACGUGGUGAAGUGAGGGUAUGCCUGUGCUAAUGUGCAGUAUUGUUCAUGAAUUUACUCCAACGUAUUGUCUGUGACUACAAACUUUCGUUUUAAUUGGUGAGAAUAAGCUGUAAUAAAUUGUUUACUAUUGAUAUUGUAUGCACUAAAUUUCCUGUAUAGAUAAGUCUUUAGUAAACAUACUGUAUAAUGUAAACACAAAAGAGGUUCUGCAGAUGCUGGAAUACUGUAUAAUGUGUCUUAAACCUAUGUUUCAUUUUGUAUCUGUUAUAAAGCAUGGGGAAGCUUGACAUUCAGUUGUCACAUUGGCACGAGCUGCUAUGUAUUUUCUUCCCCCAUUCCCCACCCCGCUAUGUCCACACCUAAAGGGAGCCACAGUUAGAUAAACACAAUAAUUUAUUUGCAGAACCUAUAACUCAUGCACUCUAAGCUUGCAGAGACAGAGAGAACGAGCUUACACUUCUAUGAGUGUGCAACGUCUGCUCCUCCUCUGCCCUCACCCCAUUCCCUCCCUAGGAGUAUGCUGUGUGCAUGGAAAUUUCCCCAUUGUAAACAAAGCUGACUGCUUGCAAGGAAAAAUGCAGGCAGGGGUUUAAACAGAGCUGGCGAAACAGCUCACACUUUCAGCAAAAUCAGAACAUGCAGUUUACAUUUGAAAUGUAUGUAGAGAUUUUUUUUUAUUAAAUGAAACUUAUUGGUACAUUCUUUUAACACUAAACUUCAAAAGCCUGUUCUGUGAGUCUUCAUCAAUAAAUCAAAAUUGCUGAAAGGUA